AUGACAAUCGCCACGCAGUCCUCACUCUCCCACUCGCCCAUCAUCCCCCUGCCCAAUCGCCUCCCUAGUCCACUCUGCCGGACAUUCAACUCAACAAGCCUGGAAAUCUUGAUCUUGAAGUUUAACGGACACUUCAAGGAUGAAAGACUGGCCAGGCUGUUUGAGAGUGCGAUCUCACAAAUGCUCAACAGUACAAUUAGAUGGUUCUCACCUGAAAAAAGUGACACUGAAACUUAG